AUGUGUUAUGUCGGAAAAGCAACCAAGAUCUUUAUUUUCAUAAUCACGGUCUUGGUCAUCACUGGUCUCGUCUUAGGUUUCAGUCUUCUCAAACACCAUGAUAAAAACAAGAAUAAAUCGGGAAACAACAAAUGCGAGAAUGAUGAAUCUUGCAGCCAAGCUCAGUUGCAACCUCCGAUUCAGAUUCCUGGGAGCGGUGGCAGCAGCCCUCUUAUUACGCCGCCGUUGAAUCCAGUUCUGUCUCCGCCGCCGAUUAUUACAAACCCUGGUAAUGCUCCUCCGCCGCCGAUUGUUGCAAACCCUAAUAAUGCUCCUCCGCCGCCGACAGCAACGCCAACGCCAUUGCCACCUAGCGCAACUGGUACUCCUAAUGCACCUCCUCCGACUUUAUCGGAGUCUCCGCCGCCGCCGUCAACGGUGCUGGUAACGGCGCCUCCGCCUGUCUACACUCCCCCGAGUCCGGCAGUCGUUGCUCCGGGUCCGGUGACUUCUUAG